AUGACACUUUACGUCUACUUAGUUGUUUUCCCAGAGAGCGUUAAAACCCCUGCGCACUGGGCUGUGCUGAUAACCCCGGUCGAAAAUGGCAAGGUCGGGCAAGAGUUUCAAGCCAUUGGCAGCCCGUUUCAUGGCUAUAAUCUCGAGGUCAAGGAGGAGUUUGAUUUGAGCAAGGAGUUCAAGAAACAUUCCUGUGUCUUUCUUGGGAGUCUGGGCGACAGCUGGAAAUCUCAGCUCGCUGGCGUAGCGCAGAGCGUUGCUUCACCCGGGAUAAGCUCCACUCCCCUUGACCCCUUCGCGGUACGUCUAAGCUAUAGACAAAGAAAUUACCUCCGUAUUCUCUUCUCUCUUCUUAAGGCGGAGCUGACAUUCAUCGCCACAGGGUGA